AUGAAUCGAGUGGUCGACAGAUACAUACACGCUAGCCACUACACCAUAUGGAUUUGCAACUUUGCAAGCAAGCAAGCUAGCUAUCUAGCUAGCUCCACCAUGGAUGAGUUCACUUUCCCCACUGUCCCGGGAGGGCAGUGCAAGCUCGCGCCGUUCCCUCCGCCGUGGUUCGUCGCCGCCGUCGCAGAGGAGGAGGAGGGGGACGACGGCAGCGGCGGCGGCGGCGCGCCGUGGGGUCGCGACGAGAAGAUGGACAUGCUGUGGGAGGACUUCAACGAAGAGCUGGCGCGCGCGCCGCCGGUGUGCCCUCUGAGCCCCGUGAGCAAGGGGGGCGGGCUGAUGGCGAUGACGAUGAUGAAGGAGGCCGAGUGGUUCUACAGCGACGGCGACGGCGACGGCGAUGACGGUGGUGUCAUCGAGGCGAGGAAGCGUACUGGCAGUGGCAGGCACAUGGUGGUCCGGCGCCGGAGGUGGAGCCUGCUGCUGAUGCUCAGGUUGCUCAAGAAGCUCUUCCUGGUGAAGAAGUCCAGGAACGGGAGAACCGCGCCAAUCUGA